GAGAGCAAACUGAUCUCACAGAUUGUUACCCAAAUGUGGUAGCAGGUCUGGACAACAGGUACCUUGACGCGCGCGUGAUAUUGUGCCCUCAGAUCACUAGGCAGAAUGCGAUAUGCCGGAGACACGAGUUGUAGAGAGGAAGCGAGCAUACAAGCCCAGGACGCGAACUGGGUGCAUAACAUGCAGGUGAUCCGUCGAAUCAAAUGCGAUGAAACGCAACCGAGCUGUCAGAAAUGCAUAUCCACUGGCAGAAAGUGCGAUGGAUAUGUCGCAUCUCGAGCAUCAUCCCCGAGCCGUUACCGAGAACUCAGCUUGAAUGUAUUCAAAGCUGGAGAAGAAGCUGGCGCAAUCGAUUUCUUUCUUCGUAUCUCCAUCGACCAGUUUUCCGGGAGUUCUCCAUCAGAGUUUUGGAACCGUCAUGUUCUACAACUGGCGCACCAAGACAUCGGCACUCGACACGCACUCAUCGCCCUCGCUCAUCUUCACCGAGACUUCACGAGUCUCAAGAAUCAGUCGAGCCGAAGUCGGCCUGCAUUAAAUCAUUACGAUGCUGCGAUUCGACAUCAUAUCAGCUCGCUUUCGACCGGAAUGCAAGACACAAUCACAUCUGGAUCUGCAAUGACGACUGCUAUCAUUUUUAUAUGUAUCGAGAUAAUGCAAGGACAUCUUGCGAAUGCUGUUGCACUGCUUCAACGAUCUGUCGCUAUGUUACCAGCAGCCAAGGGCCAGCAUGUUUCAUUGUAUGAAGACCUCAUCUCUCGCCUACAAAUCCAUGCCAAGCGUCUCGUCAAUAAGAACAUAUUUGACUCAGGCUCGUCAGCCCAUACUUCGAAGGAGGUUGUCUCACAGUAUAAAGAACAAGACGAAUGGCGAAACUCAUGCCAAGAUUUAUUGAGAGAUUGUUCUGCGAUUUCUGGGAAUUUGUCCAUUGAAGAGAGAGUCCGACGAGUAUAUACAAUGUCAGGAACGCCAACUAACACCGAGGAUGCUGCUCCAAUCUCACGAGAAACUGCCGCGUACAACGCCGUGCAUAUACGCAGACUUCUUGAAACCACCAGCAUACUAGCAGAAGAAGCUCAAGACUUGAGCGAAGACAAGAGAGCCGUUAUAAGCGACUCGUUCCUUCCUCUUCAUCGUGCUAUUGUUUGCCUGGCGGAGGCAAACUUAGGUCUUACCAACCCAGAUUCGCGAAAUCAAGCACCACUCGCGCCUUCCUUCGCUCUCGAUAUGGGCGUCAUCGGACCACUUUACGAAGUUGCCCGACAUUGUCGAGAUCCUAUUCUUCGACGAAAAAUCGUAGAUUUACUACGCAAGUCGAACAGACAAGAAGGGUUACUGAACAGUUCUACUUACGCCCACAUCGUGGAAACAAUCAUUGAGAUUGAAGAGGACGGCCUCACAGACGUCCAGUCAAGCAAAGACAUACCUCUGCAUGCACGCAUAUCGCAGCAUUCCCUUUCAUUCGAUCUCCAGAAAUCAAAGCACACCAUUUCCUACAAGCCGCUUAUUGGAAGGGUGAACGAGCUCUGUCAUCGAGAAGUUCUGUGCCUUGAUUGAGACCUGCCAAGAUGUUCCUUCGAGCGGAUAGCAGUCAGGAAGAUGCGACAAACGGAAUUUCAUCGUCAUGCAACGCCUUUUUUGUCAAGUCUGGAAGAUUCCAUCGUCCUCUAAAUUCCGACAUGGUGUGCGAGCCCAGCCUACUAAGCGUCUUCACGUUUACGAGCAAAGAAUUUUUCGACGAAAAAAUGUCCAUCCCUUGAGGGCAUCGGCAGACACUUUGUUAUAAUGGCACUCCCCAGGGCAAUCGCAUCCGAAAAAUACAAGCUACCAUAGCUCGUGUCCAGUAGAGCGUAGGGUCACAAGAGAAGGGAAGACGAAUUCCAUCGACUGGAUCGCCUCGAGGCACUUCUGACAUCGAGAACUAAUUUCUGCAGGCUGUUGCUGCGCCUCC